GUCCUCAUCUGUGUAAUGGAGAUUUAAAAUAACGUUGACAAAGUGUAAAGAUGGUAUACUUUUGUUGCAGGACUUCCAGUUUUAGCCCAAGCUGAUGAAUUGGACCCCGAGUCGAUUUGCUUGAGGCGGGGGGUGGGGGGGUGCGCUGGAAGGAGAUGGAAACAACAGACCACCCCUGGGAAUGGCAGGAAGCUCAGGGUAACCUGUGAGACCAGAGUCGGGUCCAGGUGGGACCACCGUGGGAGAGGGAGGCACUUCCCGCUCAGCUCAGGGGACGCGGCCCCUUUGGCAUCGUGGAUAUUUGUGGGGGUAGGUGCCGGAGCGCGCAGUGGACACGGUCACAGACGUUCAUGAAUGUCCGACCUUCGGGGCGACACCGGGUGGUGGAAAUUUAUCCCUGGAAACAACCUGAGCCAGUUUGCUGAAAUGCUGGGUGAGUCCUGCAGCCAGGAAGAACUCCCAAGUGGAUUCAUUUCUUGCCAGCACGUGCGCAUGAGACCUGAGUCGCACUCGGGAAGACGCUCAUGGCGCAGAGCUCUGAGUGGAAGGAACCUUGGGGACCCAUUAGUGGAGGAAGAAGACUAGGCCACCGUCGGCCAGGAACGCGCGUGACUGCGUUCUUCAAGGCCACACCACUAACUAGCAACAGUACAGUACAAUAGAAAUUCUGGUAACGGUGAGAUCGGGGCGCGACUUCCGGCGAGGAGACAGUGCGACGCCUUCACUUCCGGCCGUAGCUGCCCGCACUUGCGCACUUGGUAUUGGCUGUCGGCUUGGAAAAGGACCCUCCGCGGGAGGAGGUGUUGGGGGGGGGGGGUCGGUCACUCCCGGAAGUAGCCCCUAGCGUGCCCCGGAAGCUGCAGCCCCUCCAGCUUUGCCGGGCCAUUCCAGUGGCUUUUUCCGCGGUCAAGGGGUGGGUGGGCGCGGGCGACAGGUCUUCGUUGCAGGCUGCGGGGGCGUUGCCGGCAGCCUCGGGGGCUGCGCCCGGUUCCACAGUUUCACCAGCCCGGUCUCAGCGUGCGGCUGGCCACGUCCCGAACCCCUGGCCCGAGGUGCGCGGCUGGGAGAUGAGAGACCGAGGACUCUAGGGCCCACAUCAGCCUCGUGGCCAUUCCUGAUGUGCUUCACUGGGAGAGAAGGGCCAUCACUGCCAGAGCCCGUGACCGUACAAGGGGCCAGACCCAUCCGACAGUCUGUCGGCAGUCUUUAAGGACCCUAGAGCAGUGGCCUCAGUGAAGGCAGGUUGUGCGGGCCUGGCUUCAGUACUUGGUUCUGCCUUCUUGGUAGCAAGGACGCCUGCGGCUGCUUUUGUAGACCUGGUGCCACCAGCUCUGGUCUUCCGCUUUGCCACUGACUGUCACGUCACCGCUCUGGGUUUCUGUUUGUUCGGUCCUAAAGUAAGAACUGAGCCUGGGCCCAUCUUCUCAUUGCCCCAAGUUCCCAAGCAUGUUGGAAGUAGAAAAAAUCAAAAAGCUCCCCAAGAGACGUGCAGCCUCACGCUCUGUCUCCCCCAUGACCAGACCCCAGAGCCCAGCUGCCACAGUGACUUCUCCUGGCUCCAACUUCAACACCAGAGCUACCAGUACUUCUUGUGGACGUGGCAGGGGUGCCCAGGGAGACCUGCCAGAGACUGAGGUCAAAGUUAAGUUUGUAGACAUAGAGGAGAAGGCCAGCAGUGACCACAGGAAGAUCACACGCUCUGGCUCCCAAAAGGGGAAUGAGAGGGAUCUGCUCCCUCGAAGGAAGAGACCUCACCUUCCCCCCAGGGGCUCUUCCAUCCCCUCACCUGACCAGCUUUUCCUGGAGGAGGAGGAACGUACCCUGGACGUACGCAUCUGUAGCAGGAAGAGAAGAGCCUGCUCCUUGUGGAAGCCUGGUUUUUAUUCAGCUACCUCCUGUGCAAAGAGCCAGGCCAGCUCAGGGCAGAAUAAGCCAAAGGGAGAUGCUGAACCAUGUGUCCUGAAGUCUGUGCUUGGGCAGGAGCCCUCUGUGCAGCCUGAGAAGAAGGUGUCCAAGCAGAAGGCACGUGGACGGAGAGGGGUGAGGCAGCCAGCAGGAAAGAAGUCGAGAGACCCGGUGCUCAGCUCUGGCCUGGCCCCUCCCACCCCAGUGCUGGUGCAGGCAACCAGUCUGGACAGGUCAGAGGUGGGCCAGCCUAGUGAGGGUGAGGAGAUGAGGCAAGCUGACAUCCUCAUAGCCUGUCUGGACAGAGAGAUGCAACGCCUCAAAAGGUGGAAGAAGAGGCAUUUGCUUCCUCGUGUGGGGAAGAAGUCAUCGCUGCUGAGCUCCCAGAAGCCACCCGGCGUGAAGAAGCUGGUCAGAACUAUAAAAGAGACCGAGGGCUGGGCUUCUCGAGGGUGUUCCCCAGGCGCUCAGGACACCAGAGCUCAGAAGCUCACGCUGGAUGUCAGGCGGUUCUUUACCACUGGCUGUGAGAACAUGUGCCAUGUCACCUGCACUCUGUGUCACACCAGCGUCAAGCAUGGGCUGGCGAGGGAAAGAAGGCCAGUUACAGCCAGCUCAGGCAGGGCAGGGGCAGUGGGGACGCAUAAGCGCAUGCCCACAGGUGCCCCCAGCCUUGUCCAGGAGGGCGUCUCAUCUUCAGGACACUGCCCAAGUGGCUCGCCAUCAGAAGAUAAUGACAGGCACUUGGCCCUGGGAAGGGCUGAGCAGCUGUUACUGGCUCCACCACCUCCGCCUGCUCCCAUCAAAGAGGAACCCACUGCUCCCCCAGCGGCUGUCACGAGGGAUCAAGAGGGCCCCUGUGCUCCCAGCCAGCACCGCUCCCAGGCCUGGAACCGGAGCAUUGCAGAGUUACUCUGCAGUUUGGCAUUGCCGCUCUCCUUCCUUUCGUCCCCGCCCUUCAGAAGGUUUAUGGCCCAGGCUGACCCUGACUACUGUCUGCCGUCUCCAGCUGCCUUCUCCGAUGAAGCCGUGCCUCUGCUCCACGAGGUGAUGGGCGAGCAGGUACGGCAGGAGAUGCAGCGGGCCGAGGGCAGCCGUGUCCACCUCACCAUGUGCAUGGCGGCCCAGGAGGUGGUCACAGAGGACUAUGUGGCCAUCACUGCCCACUGGGGGGUGAUACAGCGUGGUAGCUGCCAGGUGGUAUCAGGGCGUGUAAGGAAGCAAGCAGUGCUCUGGGUCCGAGGCCUACCCCUGGAGAGCACCGUGGAGAACAGGCAGCGGGAGCUGCGGGAGCAGGUCAGACUGUGGCUGGGCCAUGGCUCUCUGCGACCGGGCUUCCUGGUGUCCAGCGGCUGCCCCAGCCUGGAGCCCGCAGUGACAUCGCAGGGCUACACCCACAUCCCUUGCUUUGCCCACUGCCUCAACUCUGUGGUGAGAAACUUUCUGUGUCACCAUCACAGCGUCCAGAUCAUCCUGAGCACAGUCAGGGCCAUCUGCAGCCAUUUCCGAGGCUCCGCGGAGGCCCGGCGGCUCCUUGCCCAGUUGCAGCGGCGGUGCAGCCUCCCGGCCCAGCAGCCCUUCUGGGAGCUCUCAGACCACUGGGUGUCUGCCUACCACCUGAUGGAGUGGCUGGUGGAGCAGCAGCAGCCACUGAGGGAGUAUGACGAGAAGCACCAGCUGGGGAAGGCUGGGAUGGGCCUGUCGGCCACGUUUUGGAGCCUGACAAGCAGCCUGGUCACGCUCCUACGGCCCUUCCAGAUGGUAGUCCAGGAGGCAAGUGCCCCUAAGGCUUCUUUAAGCCAGGUGCUACCACAGCUGCGCUACCUGCACAUCUUCCUGGAGCAGGUUCCUGCUCACUUUGAGGGGCAGGGUGGUGGGGAGACCGGUGCAGCUGUCCGGCUUGCCAGGGGCUUGGCUCUGCAGCUCUCCACAGACGGCCAGCUCAGUGAGCUUUUCCACCACGAGGAGUUCGUGCUCGCAACUCUGCUGGACCCCCGAUUUAAGGGCCAGCUGGAGGCCAUCCUGCCCGUGGGGGCCGACAUUGACCACUGGAUGCAAGUUCUCGUUUACAAGGUGAAGGAGAUUAUGGUGUCCGAAUACUCCUUGCCUCCCUCACCCUUCCUGCAGAGCCCCAAGGCUAUGAGUGUGGACACCACCCAGAGUGGCAGAAUAGCCCAGGGCCCCAGGGCUAAGGGGAGGGGCUACAAGGAUCCUGUGCAGAGAAGCAGCAGCCCCGGGUGUUUGCUGCUAGCCCAGAGGGAGAAGAGCUUGCUGGAGCAGCUGGAGAGCGUAGGGCUGCUGGCGUCCCAGAGGAGCGGAGCCUCGCUCUCCACUGAGAACCACCUGGCCACAGUCAUCGUCAGGAAGUACCUGCGUGAGAACAAGCCAGUCAGUGCCCAGGAGGACCCCCUGGCGUACUGGGAGAAGAGACAGGAGGUCUGGCCAGCCCUGGCAAGACUGGCCACCAUCUAUCUGUCCUGUCCCGCUACCAGCGCCUCUUCUGGGAGUGUCUUGGCCUCCCUGGGUAGCCCCACCAUUGUGGAGAACAGCUCCCCUCUCCCAGUUGCAACAGUUGAGAAUCUCCUCUUCUUGAAGACCAACCUGGAAAAUUUCCCCAACUACACCCCCUCUCCCCUCACACUCCCUGGUGGAGACAUGGCCCACGGGGAGCAGACCAGGGAGCCUGGCCCUAGGGUCUGACGCCCUCACAUCUUCCUGGAGGGACUUUGCCGUAGGUGAAAGGAGAGAGCAGAGUGUCGCACCGGGGGUACCAGACAGGAGGUGGCCAGAAUCUUAGACCUUUUUUGGAAGAAUGGGGACAGUUUCUCAACUCUUAGGAGUUUGCCUUAUUUUUCCAGGGAGGUGGCAUUUUCCAUCUACCCAAUACUUAAUUUAUUUUAAAAAAAGUAUUUUGAAUUUAUUUUUAACUGGUUUUAGAGAAACACUGAUUUGUUGUUCUACUUGUUCAUGCAUUCAUUGGUUGCUUCAUGCAUGUGUUCUAACCGGGCACUGAGCCUGUAACCUUGGCGUAAUGGGACGAUGCUCUUAAAAACUGAGCUGCCUGGCCAGGGCUGCUUAAUUUAUCUCUAGCACUAUGUGCAUAGAAAAGGUUUAUCUUGCUCAUAAGUGACUGUGAUUUGUGCUGUAAAGUUUUAUAAGCGGGAUGGCUACCGGCACAUGUACUCAGUGGGGUGCAUACUCAGCAACCAAGAACUUGGGUGAGCUAUGAAAGCUCUUUCUGAAGUUGUUUUCGCUGUGGAAAGAGAGAACCCCUAAGCUAGAGGAGCCAUUUCGAGAGGAAGGGUCUGCACGAGCACACAGGUGCACAUUAGUCUUCUUAGGGUCUGUGCUUCUCUCUGGAUCCCCGUCCCGGAGUGGCCGGAGAACUCUCAGUUGAUAGGACUGCGCUGCCAGCGAGGGAGAGUGACGCUGAGAUACGGAGUCUGCAGCCUGUUCUCACCUCUAGUUUGCUUCCAGACUGCUGGCGGCCCGGUGCCUUCCUUCCCACAGCAAAAGCGGUCUUGGAAAGAGCUCCCUCGCUCCCCAGGCUCUUGGUGGCUGAGUAUGGGUGCCUGCAACGCCCACACCGCCCCUCCUCCCCGGCUGCUUUCAAAGGGCAAAUCCCCUGUCUGGAAGCGGAAGAGGCUGUGUCUCAGACCCAUAGUCACUGAUUGCCAGAGUUCCCGUAGCACAGAGCACACAGGGUCCGGGCUGGUGACUUCGGGUGGGAGAAGGCCUGUUGCACCCACAGGACCUGAACCUGGCUCUCCCGAGCUGCUUGGCCGCUGUGAUGGGCGGCUCUGAGGGGCAAGGAGGUGGAGGCCGGGUGAGGCCCCCAAGGCCUGACUUGCGCUGUGGCUGUUGGGCUGGAGACCUGUCCCUACCACGUCCCCUGGAGGGGUUGUCAGGUGUCGAUAAGACCGAUUCACUACAGGACGUUUGGAAGUUCAUGAGAAUGUCAGGAAGCAGGAGGAACUACUCUUAAUCCUUUUAUUCAGCCUCUGUUAAUACAUUGACACACUUCCUUUA